AUGUUGCAGGAUGACUCUAGUGAUGGUGAAAGUAUUGAUGAGUCCAGCGAAGAGGAGAGUAUUGAUGAGGACUCUAGUGAUGAGGAAGAGGAAGAUGCAAGGAGAAAUAGAGUGCUAGCCCUACUCGGGUUGAGGCGGAAAAGGCUCAACAAUAUAGGUAUGAUCAUCCAAAUGUUUGGUUCAUAUUACAUUGAGCGUUUCAUGGAUAAGGGGGAAAGGAGGAUUUUAAAAGCUAAAGAGUCCGGCUAUGAAUUGGUAGAAAGAACUCUGGGACACAGAACAGACUGCUAUAAAAUAUUUAGGAUGUAUCCACCUGUGUUUCAUAAACUACAUAAUUUGCUAGUGAAUUCUUAUGGGUUGAAGUCUACUAAGAAGAUGUCAUCAGUUGAGGCUCUAGCUAUGUUUUUAUGGAUGGUGGGAGAUGGCCAGUCCAUUAGGCAGAGUGAAAAUCGUUUUGUAAGGUCCAUGGAGACAGUUGUUAGGAAGUUUAACACAGUAUUGCAUUGUGUGGUUAAGCUUGCGGCUGACAUAAUUAAGCCACGAGAUCCUGAAUUCAGAGUUGUGCAUGAAAGGUUAAGAAAUGCUCAGUGGCAUCCAUGGUUCAAUGACAGUAUUGGGGCAAUAGAUGGGACUCAUGUGCAAGUUGUGGUGCCACCUACCAAGAUUCCGCAGUACUUAAACAGACAUGGCUACUGUAGUCAGAAUGUUAUGGCUGUAUGUGAUUUCGACAUGAGAUUCACUUUCGUUCUUGCCGGGUGGCCUGGAUCGGUUCAUGAUAUGAGGCCCUUCAAGGAUGCCCUUAGCCGGUUUAGUCACAAGUUUCCUCAUCCACCUCCAGGAAAAUUUUAUCUUGUUGACUCGGGCUACCCCAACAAGGCGGAUUAUCUUGCACCAUAUAGGGGACAGAAGUACCAUUUUCAAGAGUUCCAUCAAGGCACCAUGCCGAGAGGUAAAAAAGAGCACUUCAACUACACUCAUUCUAGACUACGCAAUGUCAUUGAGCGUUCUUUUGGAGUCUUGAAAAAUAAGUGGAGGAUCCUUUUUAAAAUACAAAGUUAUCCUCUACACAAACAAACAAAAAUUAUUGUUGCAUGUAUGGCCUUGCACAAUUUUAUCCGCGAAAGUCUGUUGGAGGAUAAAGAAUUCGACAGGUGUGAUAGAGAUGAGAAUUAUCAACCUCUCCUUGAGGAAACAAGGAGGAGGCGUCGUAACAGGAGGGAUCUAGAAAUGGAGCAAGAUUCGGUCGACAUGAAUCAAUUGAGAGAUAGAAUUGCUGAUGGUUUGUUCCAGGGCCAUUGA